AUGGCCGCCGCAGAGAUUGGUUACAACAAGUUCUUUGUAACUGAGAAAGAUCUCAAGUAUGUGCCUCCAUACCUUGGAAAUACUCCCGAGACUACGAAAGAAGUCAAAUGCUCAAUCGUUGGUGAAUGGCCGGAAUGGCUAGAUGGCACACUGAUCAGAAUGGGAAGCGGCCGUUUCACAGUCCCUUUGUCAGAGGACGGUUCCAAGCCCAAUGCUGUACUUCAGCACUUUUUCGACGGGCUCGCCAUCUUGCACAAGUUUAGGAUGAGCAAGGGACAACAAUCGUUGUAUCUCCCCCAGGGACACCUUCUCCCGGACGAGGUGAAUGUCAACGUUGUUCCCAGGAGGGGAAUGCACAUUCCCAAUGGUCAGAAUCCUCACGACAUAGGAAGCCCGGCUCAAACCCCCGAGAAGGAGGAAGUUCUUGUUCAUACUGACUUCAACGUGCUGCAAGUAUGCGACGCCAAGACACUGAAGCCCAAGAGAUUGCUCACCUACGCUCAAAUCAACCCUGAGCUGGCUGGCUACGGUAUCUGUGCCCACCCUUGCAAGGACCGUAAAAGAGGCAUGACGUUCAACUACAUCAUUGACCCAGUAACGAAUAUCUUGUCGAUUUUUGCCCUCGACUAUCGAUCCAACCCGGCUUCUUUGCUUUGGAAGACGCCUCUUCCUUGUGAACCUUGCUAUAUCCACUCACUGGCUAUGACUGACAAGUUUGUCGUCUUCAUUCGUCACAUAAUGUUGCCACCUACCAUUCCGCCGACGGAUUCGUGUUCUUUCACUCCGUCAAUGCGUAUGACUGUGGAUGAGAAAUCCGGAGAAACAAACAUUCACGUAGAUGUUUGCAGUUACUCGGGAAACUACAUCCCUUUUCGCGAGUACAGCUUGAGCAACGUUCUUGACCCUGCACGCCCUUACCAGAACGGCACUCUUGUUCGGUACGAGCUCGAAGCCGUCAACUUGGCAAACAUUGAAAAGCCUGGCCGCGUUAUUGUGGCAGCUGCCAUCCCUGGCGUCGCAUCCGAGCUGCCCCGGAUCUCCAAGAGAGUGUCCAUGCAGCCCGGUUAUCGCUACGUCUAUUCCACAGCUGGCAAUGGCGGCCCGUCUCCAGGAACCUCUGUCACUAUUGGAAGGCUUGGGAACGGCUUGAAGCUUGUCCAGGGUGCCUUCUUUGGUAGCCUGGCCAAAUUUGACUGGCAGACUGGAACUUACAAGCGCUGGCAACCCCCCAACGGUGACAGUUGUCCAUCUGAGCCUAUCUUCAUCGGGAGACCUGGUUCUACUGAGGAAGAUGAUGGCGUUGUCCUGACCAUCGUGAUCAACAAAGAAGGAACACGCAGUUUCCUAGUUGCUCUCGAUGGACGCUCGUUCACUGAGAUUUCCCGGGCUAAUAUGCCUCAGGUCUAUAGUCUGGGCCCGCAUGGGACGUUCAUUGAGGGGACUUUUGGCGAGUGA